UCCCCUUCAGCCGGCUGAAGUUAGGGCCAUAUGGGCUGUAUGGCGCUCCGCUGGGGUUGGGGGUGCUGUGCUCCCAAUCCCAUGCUCCUCCUGAGCCUAUUUCUGACUGCAGCCCCGUUUGGUCUGCUGGGGGAGGAGACGCACCAGGUGUCACUGGAGGUCAUCCCUGAUGAGCUGGGCUCCCCCCAAAAUCUGCUUCAUAUCCGGGCAGUGGAUGCCAACUCCACUCUGCACUAUGUGUGGAGCAGCCUGGGACCUCCAGCAGUGUUGCUGGUGGCCACCAACACGCCUCACAGUGCCCUAAGUGUCAACUGGAGCCUCCUGCUAUCCCCUGAGCCCGACGGGGGCCUGGUAGUGCUCCCCAAAGAUAGCAUCCAGUUUUCUUCCGCCCUCGUCUUCACCAGGCUGUUUGAGUUUGACAGCACCAAUACAUCUGAUGCGGCAGCAACACCCCCAGGAAAACCGUAUCCCCCAUACUCCCUGGCUGAGUUCUCCUGGAACAACAUCACUGACUCAUUGGAUCCUGCCAUCCUGAGUGCCACAUUUCGAGGCCACCCCAUGCAUGACCCCAACAGGGCUUUUGCCAAUGGCAGCCUGGCCUUCAGGAUCCAGGCCUUUUCCAGAUCUGGCCGACCAGCCCAGCCUCCUCGCCUCCUGCACACGGCAGAUACCUGCCAGCUGGAGGUGGUCCUAGCCGGGGCCUCUCCUCGGGGAAACCGCUCCCUGUUUGGACUGGAAGUAGCCACCUUGACCCAGGGCCCUGACUGCCCAUCAAUGCAGGAGCAGCACUCCAUCGAUGAUGAAUAUUCACCUGCCGUCUUCCAGUUGAAUCAACUGCUGUGGGGCUCCCUCCCAUCAGGAUUCAUGCAGUGGCGACCUGUGGCUUUCUCCCAGAAGCAGGGGGGCCGAGAAUCAGCUCUGCCCUGCCAAGCUUCCCCUCUUCACUUCACCUUGGCAUAUCCCCUCCCCCAGUCCCCCGUUGUCCAGGCCUUCUUUGGGUCCCAGAAUAACUUCUGCACCUUCAAUCUAACGUUCGGGGCUUCCACAGGCCCUGGUUACUGGGACCAACGCUACCUCAGAUGGUCAAUGCUCCUGGGCAUGGGUCCUCCUCCAGUGGACACCUUAUCCCCACUAGUCCUGGGCAUCAUGGCAGUGGCCCUGGGUGCCCCAGGCCUCAUGCUGCUGGCAGGGGGCCUGGUUCUGCUGCUGCGCCACAAGUGGCACUCAGAGUACCAGUACAUAAACUGAGGCCUACUUUCCAGAGGGAAGAUCAGCGCUGGACCUACAUUGCUGUGCCUGAGACCUCUGGAGGUUGGGAGACAAUGUUCUCAUUCAGGCCCCUUCCCUCCCCUAUCCCAUCUUGCUUUUCUGCAGAACCUCAGAGAUCAAGCUCAACUUCCUAGGGACCCCCAGGUGGGGCUUCCUUCAUACCCUGGGGAGAAGGCUGGGGACAGGGUUAUUGCUAGAGGGAGGGUCCCCUUGGUAUUUCCUCCAUGCCUACCUCCACCCCACAUUCCCUGUUGCAUGGGACUCAUAGGCCUAAAUGAAAGGCCUUCCGACUGGCUGGCUGCCCUGGAGGGAGUGAAAUAGACUUUUUUCCACAGGGCUCAGUCUCUUGGGCUGUUUGGGGGCUGGUAACAGGGAAUGGGAAGGCUAAGUAAUGGGUGUGGGAGGCAAGUUUCUGCUCGAGGCCCCUUUUCCUCAUCAGACCUCAUUCUCCCUUGCCAACCACACUCCACCAUGUGGAGCUGGAGGUUUCUGGUUCCCAGUCUAAAUCAAACAAGGAAGGGAUGCCUGAGACUGGAGGGCACACACGGAGAGCCAGCAAAGACUGUGGUAGUAUUUAUUCUCUCUCUGUCAUACACACUUACACACACACUCACACACAGGCACUUUUUCUGCCCUUGUGAGGCAGGUUUUCCUGUCCGCUCCUCUCUUCUCAUGGGAGAGGUGUGACUUCUGGGAAGUUAGGAGGUGGGAAAUUAUUACAGGGGCCUAAAUAGGUUAGAAGGGAGCAGGUGGCAAUGCUGGACUGGGGGUGACUGGCAUAGUCUUGUCUGAGGCUAACCAGCCCAUGAGGACCAGUUAUGGGGGGUCCCAAACCCAGGUCCCUUAGGGAAGGUUUUUGCCUAACUUCAAUGUCCUGUCUAACAGGACAUUCAAGUAUUCCAGUCUCCCUGAAGGCCUCUGCAUAGACAACUUACAGAAAUGGUCAGGGUUUGGGCUGUGGCUCUGCCCCCUGCCUCACCGGAGGCUCAGGAAGAGAGCAGAGUGGGGUGUCCAUGGGCCCUAGCCUGGCAGUGGUGGGGGACUGCUCAGGAAGGAAACCUGCCUCUCCCCCUGUCUCCCUUUUUCCCCUUCAAGAAAACUCAGUCCCUGCCUCGUGACUGUUCCGGGCUCCAAAGGUGAAGGGCAGCACCAGCUGGGGGAGAUCAAGGCCAGUCCAGACUGACUGGGUGGGGCCCCUGUUGGGACAGUAGCGGGGUAUCCCACCGAGGUACCAGGACGGGGCGUUGGCAAGCUCAGGCCCCCAUCCCGUUCAGAGAAGCGUCCGGAGCCCAGCCUGCCAGCCUGGGGUACAGGAGGGCGGAGCGGCUCAACCCCAGGGGCGGGGCCUGUAGUCGGCGUGGGCGUGGUCCGGGUAGUCCAGGCGGCUCUCGGCGGCGGUGAUCAUGCGCUCGGGCUCCACCACGAACAUGUAGUAGAGGUUCCACACCAGCAUGGACAGCAGGGGCAGGAACGUCAGGCCGUAGCCAAAGCCUCGGAAGGAGCGUCCCACGGCGAAGGUCAGCCAGUAUAUCAGCCUGGGGAGGCAAGAGGAGGGUCGGGCUACCCUCGAGGGAAGGGCGUCAGCUAAUUGGCAGUAGGCUGAUGGUGGGGAGCAUAGUGAGGGAGACCGAUGGGGGUUGGUGACUAUGGCUGGUGCUUCUAAUAAGUCAAUAUUUAUGCACUUAGUAUGUGCCACGCACGGUGUUAAUUAAGUGCGCUAUUUAAUUUCGACUUCUCCACAUCUCUAUGAGGUUAGUACGUUAUUCCCCUCCCUCUUUCAUUUAUUUACUUUUCAAAUUUUAAGUAAAAAUUCUUGAGUGGGCAGUAUACAUUCACAUGGUUCAAAAUUUGAAGGGACCAAUGAGUAUAGUAAAAAGUCCUCUUCCCUUUGACUCCCAGACACCCAAUUCUCUGUACCCCCAGGAAUGGUUUCUUGUGCAUCAAGGGAUGUUUUAUGUUUAUAUAAGCAAAAAAAUUUAUGUUUUCCUUUUCCCCUUAUUUGAAGUAUUGUAGCAUACUAUAUAGACUGUUGGCAGAUUGAUCUUUCUUCUUUUGUUCACUUAAUAUAUCUUGGAGAUUAUUUUAUAUCAGUG